AUGUUUUCAGCAACGAUAAUACCAGCCGCUGCUGCCCUUUUGCUCGCCACGUGUGGGAGCGUCGCUGGCCAGACAACGACCACAGCUACGAGUGCUACAGCCCGACUCUGUGGACAAGCGGCUUUCUUGGAACAAAGCAUCGACGGGAACCAGUACUGUUGUCCCGGAUCUCUCGACAAGGACAAAGACAGCGGCGCGGAUUACUGCUGCGUGGGCAACAACAAUGGCCUCGCAACCAACACAGCGACAAGUUACGAGGCAGUCAGAACGGGCACCAUUGCAUCAUGCUCCACGACCAUCCAUGUGACCGAGGCCGAUUACACGAGCAAGGUCGAAGCUGCUGGUACAAAGUACGGAGUGUCAUAUGUGUCGAAGACUGUCAACGCUGCGACGAGAACAUCUUACAUCGCCGUCACGCCAACAAGCACUGGAGCUGCAGCCGCCGCGAAGACGCCGGCGCUGAUGGCUGGUGAAGCCCUUCUAGUGCUCGGCGCUGUCGCUCUCGGGAUGUGA